AUGAUUCGCGUCACCACCAUAUUGCACCGUUUCAUCAACCGACGGUGUCGUCGUUGUGUCCUAGAACCAAUUCCCACGAAGGGUCUGAGUCUAGUUGAGGUUGACUGUGCAACUCGUAGUAUUAUCAGAGAGUCGCAACGUAUUCACUUCUCUGACCUAUUACGUGAGUUAUCUUCUGGGGAUAGAGUAUCCUCAAAACCGUUGGCUCGUUUAGCUCCGUUCGUCGACGAUGUUGGAAUCAUUCGAGUUGGUGGCCGCCUUCGUCAUUCCACCCUAUCGUACAAGUGUAAACACCCAAUGUUAAUUGCCAAACGCUCCCAUCUAGCGCUAUUGAUUUGUCGUCGGUGGCAUCGCCUGACAUGCCACUCCGGCCCCCGUGUCAUGAUAUCACUCAUUUUACGCCAAUACUGGAUCAUCGCCAUUCGCUCGGUUGUACAUGAAGUGGUGACAAAAUGUUCUGUUUGCGUUCGUUUAGCUGCAAAACCUCCUCAACCUUUGAUGGCGGAUCUUCCUGCUGCACGUGUGCAACAAGUCCGUCCAUUCGCCCGAGUCGGCGUGGACUAUGCUGGCCCUCUACAAAUGAGAGAGUUAAAGCUUCGGAAAUCUCGGAGCUAUAAGGUGUACAUAGCGGUGUUCGUCUGUUUUUCUAUAAAGGCGGUCCACCUUGAAGUGGUGUCGGAUUUGUCAACUGAUGCCUUCUUGGCAGCGUUUGACCGUUUUGUCGGCCAUCGUGGACUCCCCAGUGAUGUAUACUCUGACUGCGGAACAAACUUCAUAGGUGCUGACAAGCAACUGCAAGCGCUUAUUAACAGCCCACAAGGUCAGCUCGCCAUUGAUACCAACUCUCGUCCACAUUGUAAAUGGCAUUUUAACCCCCCCAGUGCUCCGCAUUUUGGUGGGUUAUGGGAGGCGGCUGUCCGGUCCACUAAGCGUCUGCUGGUUCGCACAAUGAGCACCCACGUCUUCACCUACGAAGAAUUCAGUACUGUCUUGAUCCGCAUCGAAGCCGUCCUCAACUCUCGACCACUGACGCCCGCAUCCACAGACCCUCAUGAUUUGGAAUGUCUCACGCCUGGGCAUUUCCUCAUUGGACAACCACUGCUCGCUGUUCCACCUCGUUCCAACCCAGAUGCUACCCGUAAUUUGACAAACCGGUGGAAGUUACUAGAUCAGUGCCAUCAAGCAUUUUGGAAACGUUGGUCAUCGGAGUACUUGACAACGCUCCAACAACGCACUAAAUGGACAGAUCGCGUCCCUAACCUUAAGGUCAACGACAUGGUCGUCGUGGUUGACAAUCAAGCACCUCCUUUAUUUUGGCGUCUCGGUCGCAUCAUUGAACUGGUGCCAGGAUCCGACGGAACCGUGCGAGUUGCGUCGGUGUUAACGCAACAGGGACGCAUUACACGACCAGUAGUUAAAUUGGUUGUGCUACCGACCGACUGA